CACGCAAAAGAAAGAGGGAAACCAAAAACACGAAAAAAUUCAAAAUGAAUGCCUAUCUCUGACAUCCGCGAACUGCAGUCGCCAGCCUCAGUCUCUCGCCAUCUCUCAUCGGCAACUAAUCUAGAUCUCUUCUCCUCCAUAAUCAGAAAAAUGAAGAGGGCCAACCGUCGAACCAAGCGCACUGGCGUCACCGACUCUCCAUCACCAUCUAAGUGCAGCGACAGCGAUAAGCAGCCGCCGCCCCCGCCGCCGCAGCAGCAGAAUCACGAGAGAAGAAUCCACGAUUUGGAGAAGGAGAAUGAUGCUUUAAAGAGGGAGGUUGAGGAAUUGAGGCUCAAACUGGGAAACCAUUCCCCUGCUUCAGAUGGCAAGAUUCAGAAGCUUUAUGAAGGUGCGCUAGAAAAGCUGCGGAUUCUUGAUGAACAGGCCAUGGAUUUGAAGAAGAAGCUCAAUGCACAAUCUCAGUUUUCAACUCAAAAGCAAAAGACCGCAGGGAGACAGCCUGACGAUGUUAUCCAGAGAUUGAAGGCUCAAAAGGUCCAACUUCUGUGCAAGAUCAAGCUGGAUUCUGUGCAGUUCAGGCUGUCAAAAGCUUCACUAGAGAAAGAGGUUCUCCAGCUUAAGAAAGACCAGAGGAAGAAUGAAUAUGAGAUACGCAAGCUAUUGGCUCUAACCAGCAGGCAGAAACUGGUACUACAAAGGAAACAAGAGGAAGCUUCUGCAGCUACAAGGAAACUUAAUGAGUUCUUAGAAUCUAGGAAAGCUUCAUCUCAAAGUAGUUCAGGUUUGCAGAAAGAUGGGAGUCCUGGAAGUCAGGCCUUUGAGAUUGAGCUGAAAGUUGCGGAAAGGGUAGACGACAUACGUUCCGACUUUGAGCGUCAAAUGGAAGAGAUGACAGAAGAAGUAAAGAAAUACGAGGAAGAAGCUGAGAUGCUAAGGCAAGAGAAUUUCAGGUUCAUGUUGCAGGAUAAAGAAAACGACUGCAUUGCCAGAGAUUCAGAACUGAGAGACUUAAAAGAAGAAGUGUUCAAACUAAGUACCAUGGUGAACCAGAUGCAGUUAGUAAGGGCACGGGCAGUUCACUUGACAAAACCACAGGAUGCGAGUCGUUCUGUGUUGUUUGAGAUGCCAACAGUGGAUUCAGAAACUUCUGAUAAUGUCCCCGCCAUGGUCAAAUCCGCACAAGGAGAAUGCUGCUCUUGCAGUAAAAACUCACUGUGCAAGACAAACAAGUGCCAAUGCCGAGCUGCUAAGGGAAGCUGUGGCCAACGGUGUCGUUGUUCAACUGCAAAGUGCACAAAUGGGAAGGGUUUGGCCAAGAAAGAUAGCUCACUGCUAUCAGUCAUAGCUCAGGACUUGGUCCAUUCUUCAGGCAGCGAGACUACGUCGGAUGCUACAUCUCCCAAUCAAGCAACAAAAAGACAACCCUUUUCUGAAAUCGGAAAUGUUGAGGGUACUUCCAAGUCAGAAGAGGAAACCAAGAUCCAGAAGCCAUCCACACAUCUUGAAGUGGAGCAGUCGACAGAUAACCAGGAAGGCCUGAAACCAAUAGCGGAGAAAACUGCUGCUGCUCCGCCGGAUAUAUUUAAGAAGUUGACAAGGGCCAUGCGGUCUGCGGUGGUCGGGAAGUAAAGAUCGUCGAACACAAAAUUCUGACUGAGUGCUUAACACAAAAAUUGAUUUUUGAGGCUGCUUGCUUCAGACCAUAUUCAUAAACUGUUGUGAGAGAGAACCCAGCCAAAUGCAGUUGGGCCACGAGAAAACAUAACAGGAAUCUAUUACAGCGUUGUAGUCUUGUAGAUUCGUGUGUAUUGUUUCAGCCUUUGAGAGUUGAGUGAGGAUGAGGUUGUGAGGUGAUGACUGAUGAAUCAAGUUAGUGUGUUUGC